CGCCAGCUGAUCUGGGUUGGUUGGCCGAUUUGCAUUACUGGGCUCGUGCUUGGAUCCUUUGCGUCCACAUUGGAAGUUCUUAUCCUCACACAGGGUGUGGCCUAUACAUAGCCUUGGUUUCCUUGUCUUCUACUAUCCCAUCCUCAGCAUGGUAAAUGAGUACUGGAUCGCACGUCGUGGCAUGGCCUACGGUAUUCUCUGUGGUGCCUCUGGCGUCUCAGGGUCCGUGAUGCCGUUUGCCCUGCAAACUCUGUUAGCAAAGUACGGUUACAGAACAACACUUCGUGCUGUGGCCGUGGCUCUCACCUUGCUCACCGGCCCGUUGAUUCCUCUCUUGAAGGGCCGUUUGCCGCCUUCAGGGCAAGCCAUGGGCGUUUUUCCGGAGCCCCCUCGUUGUCCUAUCGUUGGGUCAUCGUUUUCACUGGUAUUUGCAUGUCCGCGAGUGCUUGUACCAUUUGCUUGCAGUAUUCGAAAUACCUCUGUGUUAUGGUUGUUAGGUGACUUUGUGGAUACCUACAAGAGCGCUUACCCCAUAGACAUAAUAUGUAUAGCUUAAGCUUAAGCUAAUUCAACGUUUUAAAAACACAAACAUCGCUAAUG